AUGGCGUUAACAGCAGACAAACUCACUAACGACGAAAGGUUUAGUGGCGAUAAUGUUUUACAGUUUCUACUAUAUUUGCCUAUCGGUUUAUUACUUAUGGCGUUCAGGAUAGUUUUGGCGUUAAUAUUAUGGAUCGCAGCUAUCAUAUUACCCAAUAAAUCUGCUGUAAGCCAGUUAUUAUCUACACUGGCAUGUUGGACGUUUGGUGUGUAUGUUAAAGUAAAGGGCAACAAAGAUCCUUGCUCUAGUGUCCUUGUGGCUAAUUAUGUGUCCUGUUUAGACUCGUUAGCUGCUGCACAUACACUCGGCACAAUAAGUUUAAGAAAAUGGAAAGUUCCUCCAUUUUUUGCAUCAACCCUUGGAAUAAAAAAUGCUGCUCAGUUUGUGAGAAAACAGCACUUCACAGAGAGUCCUAGUAAACCAGUGUUACUUCAGCCAGAAGGUGGUCCCACGAAUGGCAAGGGUCUACUCAAGUUUACUGACUGGUCCUUCCCUAUUGGAAAUAGGGUUCAACCUAUCGCUAUAACAGUUGAACGUCCCUUCACAAAUGUCACGGUACAUCGUCCCAAUGACAAGAUAGACGUGUUUCCAUGGUGGGACGCUUUAUGGUUUCUUUGGACGCCAUGCACGUUUUACACUCUGAUGGCUUUACCGGCGAUUGAAAGGAAAGAUGAAAACGACCAAGAGUUCGUUGAAAAGAUGAGGCAGGCUAUAGCUGAUGCUUUGCAGGUAUGUAUUUGCUGUUUUAUUUCAUCCCAAAAAUUCAUCGAAUUAAAAUAUGCACAAAGAAAUAUCAUGCAUACUGGAAGCAGAAAAGCUAUUCAACCACAGAAAAGAGGAAAAGCACCUGGAGACGAUAAAAUUUCAAAUGACCAAUUAAAGUACACAAUAACUGCAAUCACCAAGCCGAGCAUAUACCAACUCAAUGGUCCUUCACAUCUUGUCUUGCAUAAAAAAGGAGAAAACAGAUAUUAUCAACUAAAGAUCUAUAUAAUAGAGUUAGUCAUGGAUAGGAGAGAACAGCGAUUUGUGCAAUGGUUGGUAGAGAAUGAAGGAGGUUCUGAUGAAGAAGAAGUGGAGGCGACGCCGUGGAGCUGGAGCGAGGCCCGCGCAGCGCACGCGCCCCGCCCGCGGCCGGCACGCGCCGCGCACGUGUCGCCGCACGUGCCUCCCGCCGGCGCGCCGCACGUGCCGGCCGCCGCGCGCCGCGUGCGCGAGGUGCUGCCGCGCGUGCCGCUCGCCGACAUCGUGCGCGACCUGGAGAGAACACGUAGCGUCGACGUGACUAUCACAAACUUUCUUGAAGGUAUUACACCCUAUAAUCCAUUACCGGAACCUGCGUCUGAACCCCAACCGAGUACUUCACAAGCACUUCCCAAGUACAUAAACCCCACGCCUACAGGGAUAUUUCCCAAAACAGCAAGAGAACGUCAAAUGAGCUACCAAGAAAGAAAAGCCCAAAUGAUAGCAGAAGCAAGACAGAGGUAUAUAGAAAAACAUGGCUUAAACGUCGCUGUGAAUUGUUGAUUCACACUUUACGAGGGUAGGCCGAUAUUGUUUAGAUGACACUUGAUUAUUUACGUUGAACAGCAAUACUAUGAAUAAUUAAUGUGAAAAUUGUGUGCCUACUUACUCAAAUUUUCUUCCCAUCGAUACAUUUAAAUGGUCGUUUAGGAUUUAAAGUUAUGCUUGAUUUUAAUAAAUUCGAGUUUGUUCAUCAAAUGUAAAAAGCAAGAAAAAUGUACUUUAUUGUGUACUUUGCGCCAGGAGUGUAUUUGGUACUCAGUAUAUAAAUCACUCAGUAAAUAAAAUUGUAUAAAUAAAUUAAAUUACAUAAAGAUGUAAAAUAAAAAA